CGUCGCCGCUCUUCGGAUACCACGCGCGCUCGUUCUCUCAGUUUGUAUUCGGUAUCCACCUCGUAUCGGUGGAUACGUUCGGUUCUUUAUUCAGUUGUUGAACGAUCAUCCUUGCGAAAAUAUCGUCCUCUCGUAUACGUACGUUUUUCAAGUCGAAAAUUAAGUUUCAAGCCAAACGACGACUUUAGUGCCAAUUGUGUCGUUUAUUGCCAGUGUUUUCGAAACAAAUAGGGGAAAACAUGUUACCAUUGCGAUUUGUUAGUCUAUUGGUGAUACUCUUUGCCGUGCAGGCUUGGUGUAAGCCAGCUAAAAGUUCCGAGAGUGUUGAUUACAUCGAAGAUGAUCCACCGUCCGAUUACAACGAUGAUGAUACCAUCGAUGACGAAGAUGAUACUGGAGCUCUUGAGGAACCACCACAAAUCAUAUCCAAACCACAAAGUAUACACGUGAGAAAUGGGAGCACCAUAUAUCUACAUUGUCUAUUGAAAAAUGCAGAAAAAUUCGCUGUCACGUGGAAAAAAGACGAUGAAUUUCUCUACUACGACUCAAAUCCAAUGAAUGCAGACAAGGAGAGGAUGGUUCGAUUAUGGAAUAAUACCUUAGUGAUUUACAAUGCAACGCUCAAUGAUACUUCCAAUGAUUAUGAGUGCAGUAUUUUGAACAAGCCACCUAUCACGAUUAAGCACAGAGUACUAGUUUCUGACGAAGCGCCAGUUCCAUCACCAUUGCCACCAAGGCAGCAGCAUAAACCACCUCCGGUACACGUCACCCCUGCGAAAAGGGUAGAAGUAAACGUGGGUCAAAACAUUACCCUCGGUUGUGAAUCAAGGGAAGAACCAAUGAGUGAGAUAAAGUGGUAUCACGAGAAUAAAAGAAUCAAUAAUAACAUAAUCGUCACUGACAACCGUAUAACUAUUGUAAAUAUUAACAAACACGAUAGUGGCCGUUAUCAGUGUUUGAUCGAGAACGGAAAGCAGAAUCCACCUGUAGGAGCCAUUAGCGUCGUUGUUAAUUACGCUCCCGAAAUAGAGACAAAGGGGAAAUGGGUACAUACCGGUCUUGGUGUUGAAUCACAGUUGAUGUGUAACGUGCACGCUUAUCCGCAUGCUAAAGUGACGUGGAUGAAAGAUGAAAAGGAAGUGAUGCCAAAAAGAGGAAGCAUAGAGAUUAAGGGGAACAAAACACGGCAUAUCCUCGAGAUUCUGCAUACCGAAAGGGAACACUUGGGAAAUUAUACAUGCAUCGCGCAAAAUAUAUUAGGACGAGCGGAGAAAACUAUUUCCCUUACCGGUCUUCCGUCUCAAGCGAUGAUUUUUGAUGGUGAGAUGACAAAGACCGAUUCGGGAUUGAUUUUAAAAUGGCAAUUGGAGAGUUAUUCGCCAAUUACCGAAUACAAGCUGCAAUAUCGUAGCAAAGGAGACGAUAAUUGGAUAAUUCUGAAGCCGACAGUAACGAAUGGUAAAGGAAAUCAAUUUACUGUCGAGUAUAAAUUUGAAGGGCUUGAACCUGGAUCGUACGAAGCGAUCCUUAUGGCCAGAAACGAUUUCGGAUGGUCCCCGCCAUCAAAACCACACAUGUUUGUGGGAGUAUACGCGGAUGAGCAAGUUGAGAAUGUUAAAGGAUCGUCAUCAAGCGCAUAUCGAUUCGCGUUAGACAUUACAAUCUUAUUCCUAGUCGUUUCAUCCUAUGCUCUAAGUCUGUAAUUUACUGAACUCCUUAAACUAUAAUAGAUAAUUUGCUGCAGCCAAAGCGUACACCAGCAAAUGCAAUGGUGGGUUUAGCGAAACAAGAAUGUCUAGGAGAACUGUAAAUUGCUGGUGUAAUGUAUUCUUUAAUGUAAUGUAUUAAUUAAUGUUUUAAGCAAGCGCUAGACGAUCGAUGUGUUUCCUGUAGGAAAAUGAUACUUGCGAUAGCGAGUUAUCUACGAUUUCUAUCCCUGCUUGUUGCUGGAGUAAAAUUUCACGAUGGUACAAAGAAAAGAAUUAUAUCGUCAUUUCUGUGCAAGUACAACGAACACGGAUACUUGUUUCGUAUCAGUAUGCCGCUUUCUUUUUUUUUUCUUUUUUACAAAAAUUUGUCGAAAUUUAAUUGUGGGCAUUCCUUGUGUAUAAAAAGGUAGUUUCCGAUUAUUUGACAUGCAUUAGGUAAUUCUCCUAGAUGUUCUGCUAUGUAUUAUUAAAAAAAAAAGAGCAUUUUCGUUCUAAAUCAAGAAUAAUUAUAAGGGAUACUGUACUUUAAAAUAUAUUUAUAUAUCUAUAUAUAUUAUAUACAUACGUACACAUAAUAUAGUAUUCAUUGUACAUGUAUAAGUUCAAAGAUACAUGAUUAUUAUUAUAAUUUAUUUUUGUAUGCUUAAGAUUACUUGAUCCGUGUUCUAUAAUGUUGUUUAGUGCCAUGUACGCAAGUUUAUUUUAACUAUCGAUCGUGUACAGAAACUGGCACUGAUAAGCCAUCCUUCUAUCGCGAACGAAGGACGUGUAGGUACCUAAUGUGUAAUAGCAAAGAAAUAAUGUUAUUAAGGACAGCCGUAGUUAGUCGACGAAAACACGCGGGUUGGAAGCAUAUAUACCGCACAUUGGCACCUUCUAAAAAUCUAUAAUAUUACAAAUUUCCUAUAUGUGCUUUCAAUUCAAACUUCAAUGUAUAAUGUUAUGAGUGGAAAUGAAUGCCUGAUGGAGAAUGCAAGAAGUGAUGUAUCAUUUUCCAAAAUAGCUUCGUAGCUGCUAGUACAGAGACAUGUCGUUGCAUUGACUUAUAACAACCGUUACAAUUAAUAGAUUAGCAAAUAAAUGUCGUACAAAAAUAUAGUCGGUUCCAAUAAAUGGUGCACAUUGUGUAACUCUACGUGUUACGUGUAGGAAUUUCAAUCACGCUUAACUUGACGCUCUGUAUAUGACAACUACAUAUUACUUAUAUAUAGCGUUCGUUGCAUUUAUUCAUCUGAUAAUAAAUUCGUUGCAUAAUUUUAAACGCAUUAUACGGAUACUUCUUCGACAUUGUUAAAAGAAAUUCAUUACUACCUUUGGAUGAUCUAAAUAAAUUUAUUAGUUCCAAUUUUGAUAACUCGACUUUACGUCCUUAUCAUGUUUUAUCUGCAUAAGAUUUUAUUAUCACAGAUGAAUUACAGAAUAGACUUAAUAUGUAACUACUUUUUUAUUCCAUGAUUUGGACAGUUGCCUAAUUCUUUUAUCGAACUUAUUGUAAAGCAAGGUUGUUAAUUAUGAUGGAAGAUAAUUUGACCAAUAAAAUCAUUUAAUUAAAAUGAA